ACUCAGUACGAGACGGACCAGACGACCGUGAGGAUGUUGGCUCCUUUAGCUCUCGCUUUUAUAAUCAAUCAUCUUGCAUCUGCAACAGUUGUUCAGGAUUUCAAUCAUGUGGAGCGAUGCAAGGACUCCCUGUACAUGGGGACGCCGCCGCGGGGGAUCAGCGAAGCCCGCCUGAAGAAGAUAUGCCAACGCUACGCUGACAAACCUCGAUUCGUUACCCUUUACGAUCCUCAGAAGCGGAUCCCCGUUUACUCGGCUUACACCUUCAAGAAAACGGAGGGAGACAGACGUGUGGACUACCCCUGGAUGUAUGAGCCACAGCUGGCAGAGAUCGAUGGGAAUGGGAACAUGCUGCCCUUCCCCACCGGCUACCUCCACAUGAAGUUUGAGGACAGCCAGGCGGUGCUCAAUGACUACUCUGACGUAGUGCUUUACGAGAGAGGCCACUUGAACCCGGACCAGCACCAGUCCACUCCCCACGACCGCGCCGCCACCUACACCCUGACCAACGUGGUGCCAGAGAUCCGCGAGUUCAACAUCGGGCCGUGGCGGGAGUACGAGGAGCGGAUCAGGGUCCGCCUCAACAACUUCUGCCGCGGCACCGCCUUCAUCGUCACCGGGGUGACCACCAGGGGCAACAUGAUCCGUCGCAACAACCAGGACCGCGUGGCCAUCCCCGAAGACGUGUGGUCGGCCUACUGCUGCACCGACUACGACCGCAACUCGCCACACGACGUGCGCAUCCGCUUCCCGUCCCACGCGGCCCUGGGGAAGAACGCCAAGGAGAGCAACAGUAUUCACGAGAUGCCGGUGCAAGAGCUGGAAAUCUUCCUGAAAAGCAACAUGGAUGUGGAUCAGAACCUCCAGAUCUUCUAUGACAACUGCAUCUCUCCUUCACCUCUCCCUCUCUACCUGCAGCACACCAUCUGAGAGCAGCUACGCGGUUUCUACUCACUUCUGCAGAUAAUACCUGUGUGCUGCAAAAACCCUCAUGAAAAAGUCUUCCCAUUGUUAGAAAUCUGUCCAGAAAUGUUAUGAAUGAUUCUAAAAUAAAUGUGCAUUUAUUUUAACUUAAUAAAAUUCUCCUGAUCCCCUUGUUCUUGUACCUCUCUUUUAAUGACACACAUCUUACAGGACUGCAAUCUUGUCGCCAACACCACAGCAUUUCCAUAGUGGAACUUCAGAAUUUACAUCAAGCGCAACAACGCUAUGUUUCACAGUAACAACUCGCAGAGUUCAGUGUGAUGGGAAACAAAAGGACAAAGAAAGAAAUGUCUGGAUUCCACUAAGACUGCGGUUCCCUAAGGCCACUCGCUUGAACUU